GACAGACAGCGACGGUACGCCGCACACCACACCGAAGGACGGAACCCGCGCUACGAAAUCCUUGAACCGGGGACUAAGCGAAACUAAACUGUUUUACGGUGCCUCGGAUCAUCGGGUUAGUGCUGGUUAGUGCCUGUGAAACGUUUGGCGAGUCCGAGUUCUACCCCGGUGUGAUAGAUUAGCAUAAAUGAAGGCUCGCUGCACUGGUAUGUAGCGCUGUGCGGGUGAAUGAACAGUUUUCCUUAGUUUAAAAUUUUCACCACCCAUCCACCCAGCAAUUCGGUGGAAGAUAGUUUGAAAUUGUUAAUUGAUUUCGAAACUUAGCUGUCGGAGCAUUUUGGAUCGAUCGAUUUUCGACCCCGUGAUUUUAACAGUUUGAUAGCGAGUUUCACAAUCUUAUCGGAACGAUUUAUUCGGUUUCGUCGAUUCGACCACAAAUCUCCUUCCUAACGAUUGAAUGGGUGUCCAUUAAUUUUCGGUUGUUUGUUUUGUGCUUCAAUUACAAGCUGGUCACGUGACUCAGUGCGUUCGGAUUCGUGAUCAUUCGUGCGUGUGAAACAGUGAAAAGUGUCGUAGUAGGAAAAAAAAAGAUAAAUAAUUCUAAUUAGGAUAUAAAUGUUUAUAGUGAUCCCCUGGAAAAGUUGCACGAAUUCUAAUUAACGUUCGGUGAUUGUGAAAAGAAGAAAAAAAGAUUAGGUUGACGUGGUCAGAUUUAUUUGGGCAGGAGACUACAAAUCCGGAGCACCGAAACUCCAGGGUACUGAUUGUGAAUGUGGACAAAGUCGCAGGCGAGCUGAGCCGACCACUUUCGUGAUAUGGUUGACAUCGAAUUAAUGAUGCCAGGCAGCAGCGGAGACGAAUCGGACUCCUCGCGUGGAGCACACUCCAGCCUAGAAGUGCCUCCGGGUUUGCAGGUGAUAACGUUGAACCAUCUUCACCACCAAAGCAACGGUGGUGGUGCUGUCGGGGAAGGACUGGCGCAAAGAAAACGGCGGAAGCAGCUGCACAGUGCGGAACAGUUCCUGGUGCAAAUGGCUCGCCUUCAACAAGCACCACCGGAUCUGGAUAUUCACAACGGUUCGGUGGUGGCCAACAAACCUAUCUCCAAAGGCACCCAGUAUGGACCAUUUCUGGGGUUUAUGAACCUUCGCGGUUGGCUGGAUGCGACGCUUGAGACGACCAACUGGUCAAGAAAUAUCCGCAGCACUAGCAGCCUGGCGGAAGUGAAUGUGCAAGAGUACGUCAAGGAUGGUUAUCUAUGGUACGAAGUGAUAUGUGAUAUCUGCCCCGGGCAGGAACUGCUGCAGAGGCCAAGGAUCCCGGCACACCAGCACCGGGGGGAAUCGUUUGAUGACAGAAGCGAUCGUGGUUCGGGAUCCCAGCACAGUGAGGCUUUCGAGGACACAUACAACAGCUCGGCAGAUCUUGACUCUAGUCAUAAGGAUCAUUUGCACCAUCAUAACAACAACAACAAUAACAACACCAACAGCAGUCAUCAUAAUACCACCGGCAGUAGUGUCGACCAGAGCAGUCGCAACUGCAGCAGUAACAGUAACAGUACCGGGCACAACGAGCAGGACGUCAACGUAAACGGCGAGGACGACGAGGACGAGGAGGGAAUCGAGGCUCGUUGCGUCGUUUGCGACCAACAGUGUCAGGAUAUCGACCAACUCGACGAUCAUUUGGUGAUCUCGCACCAUUAUCCGAAGAACGCCUACCGGUGCGAGCUCUGUCCGCGAGCGUACUGCUAUCGACCGUCACUGCUGCGACAUCGUGCCAUCGUACACGGCGAAGUAAAGCGAUAUCCGUGCGAAAAUUGUCCGAAGGUCUUCACCGAUCCAUCGAACCUACAGCGACACAUUCGUACCCAUCACGUGGGUGCCCGCAGUCACGCCUGUCCCGAGUGCGGUAAAACCUUCGCGACCAGCUCCGGACUCAAGCAGCACACGCACAUUCACUCCUCGGUCAAGCCGUUCCAGUGUGAGGUUUGCUUCAAAGCGUACACCCAGUUCUCGAACCUCUGCCGACACAAGCGAAUGCAUGCCGACUGUCGCAUGCAGAUCAAGUGUAACAAGUGCGGCCAAAGUUUCAGCACCGUAACGUCUCUCUCGAAGCAUAAACGAUUCUGUGAUCCGACCACCGUCGGCGGAGGACCUCUGCAUCCAUCGGCGGCCGUGUCUCAACAGCAAACCGCUGGCGUUCCGAAUCUACCGCACAACAUGGCCACACCACCAAACCCGUUUCUCAUGUUCUCCGGGAAUCCAUUCUUUCCUCCUGGCUUCCGGCCAUAUCCCGGCAUGCCAGGUAUCUUCCCCCCAAACCCAACACAUGCCUCACAGUUCCCACUUUCCUUCUUUCCCAAACCAAAUCCGACACCGAUUGAAAUGGAUCGUAAAACUCCCUCUCCCCGCCAUCUGAACCUAAUGGAGCAGUACGGUCAGCAAACGAUGAAAAUCUCUCCACCGACAGCGGAGGAAGCCACCAACCAUUUGAGACCUUCUCCGGCGCGACCCAUCCCGGUAAAUUUCAACUCCAUCCCGUCGAUGACAUCAACACCGGUCCAGGCGGCUGCAGCAACCACCACAACCGCUCUGGCUGCAUUUAACAACAAUAACAAUCACAUCAAAACGGAAACGGUUUUCAACCGCAGUCGAGAGAAUGGUUCACUCAACAGUAGCCUUACCUCGCGAGGUGCACCCUUAUUGGAAGUCCACAGCUCGGAAGAUGAGCUUCCACCGGCCGGCGGUUCGAUUCGGGUGAAGGACUUCUCGAUGUACUCGGCGAUGGCUUCGAUGGCUGCUGGCUCUGGGACGCGGCUAGAAAUCAAACAGGAGCGAAAGCAGUCGAUCGAUGUGGUAAAGGAGGAAGACGACGACGCCGACGAUGAUAAUGCUGGCGGCGAUGAGGAGGAACAGGAGGAAAAGGAUAGCGACUCGGACGGACCUCCGGCUAAGCUCGCCAGAGUGGAACCAACGUCGGAACAGCCGCUCGAUCUGAGCGUCACCAAGAAGCGAACCAACAGCACCCGCAGUCCAACGCCCAUCGAGGUCACAACAUUGACCCCAACACCACCAGUGCCGACUCCGGAACCGGCUCCGGCUAACUCUCCAAAGGCAGCAGCCAGUAGUUCACCGCACCAAAUACCGGCACCAAGUCCAUCGCCGUCGCUAUCGCCUCGCCCCUCACCGUCACCUUCGUCACCGGGCACUCAGCCGAUCUCCUAUCCUCGCCCGAUCUAUCCGAUGCUACUGGAGGCCAUGUACCGUCCGGGGAUUCCGAACUUUCAACGGCCGCCAUUCAAUUUUUUGGGGUCCCUCGGCCCGAACUUUGACCUACUGAAGCGAAGUGCUUCCUUUCCGCCGAAACCCUUUCACGAGGCCAUAAUGGCUGCCGGUGGGCUAACCGGUGGUGGCAAAGUCAAGGACCGCUACUCGUGCAAAUUUUGUGGGAAAAUCUUCCCGCGUUCGGCUAACCUAACCCGGCACCUGCGCACGCACACCGGUGAGCAGCCCUACAAAUGUCGGUACUGUGAACGGUCAUUUAGUAUCUCUAGUAAUUUGCAGCGUCAUGUGCGUAACAUUCACAACAAAGAACGCCCAUUCAAGUGUCACCUGUGCGAACGCUGCUUCGGUCAGCAGACGAAUCUCGAUCGGCAUCUGAAGAAGCACGAUGCCGACGCGGCAGGGCUUGGCAUUGGGCUGGGAGAUUCGCCCUCGUCCAACGAGGCCGAACGGGAGGAUGCGUACUUUGAUGAGAUUCGUUCAUUUAUGGGCAAAGUAACGUACGCGGGAGCGACCGGUUCGCAUCAUCACGCUGGUCACCUGUACACUCCGAUCGAUGUGACCAGUGUCGAGCCGGAACUGGAGGAUGGAUCCAGUGAUGUGGAAAGCGAUAUUAUCAAUAUUGUCUCGGAUAAGGAACCGAUGAACAACAACGAGACGAUAGAAGUUUCAACAUAAGGAAACGAUUUGUUACUAUACAUACAAGGACAGACGCAUGCGAGUUUGUGUGAGUGAGUGUAAAUCGAGCUGUUGAUUGGACCAAACCAAAAAUCGAUCAUCAUAAGCGGUCCUACUAUUAAUCUAUUAUUUGUACAUAUUCGAGGACCCGACAUGCUGUAAACUAUCCUAACCUAAGCUCACUAUUAGCAAAUUAAUUCCGAAACAAGUGCAUAGCUAUUGAACAGGCUCACUGAAUAGUAGUAGGCAUAAGUUUACUUAAACAAUAAAGUUAAGCUCAAGUUAGCGGUAAGAAACUAUGUGUACAGAUGCAACGCCCCUUAAUUGUAGAUCAAAUAUUUUUGGUGAUAUUGAUAUUGUUUUUAUAAUAAAUUUUCAUUAGUCAGUAUGAAAGUUAAACUUUUGCAAACACACUUAAAAGAAUUUAGUUGAUACCAAAAAAUGAAAAACAAAGAUUGCACGGCUAGAGCACAGUUAUUGGUAGAAGAAUUUUAUAUGCGUUCUUUGUAACGAAAUUUGAUUUUACAUUUUGUAACUUAUUAUGUAUGGUUAUCUGAGAGAGGACUAAUAUAAACACAAUUUUUUGUAUCUAUCUAAGAUAAACAAGUGGACAUUUUGAGAUAGUAAACAAACUCACUGCAAAUUACGACUAAAUAUUAUACCUAUAAAACAAAUUGUUAGUUAGUUCUAACCACAGCAAAACCUUACUUUAAGCGCAAUUUUUCAA